AUGUUUUAUACAAUUGAAAAUUUGUAUAUUCAACCAACUAAUAAUAAUAAUAAUAAUAAUAAUAAUCAUAUUUUAUUGAAUUUGAUACCAUCGCAACCAUCGAUUAUUUAUGUGCAAAGACCUAUAUUAACAUAUACAUAUACUCAACCGUAUCAAACUAAAUAUAUUCUUCCAAUAAAAACAAUAAAUCAACAAACAAAUGAAAUAAAACCUCAUGCCAAUGAAUUAGUACAAAAAGAGAGAAUAAAAUCUCCAAUAAAAAGAUCUCUCACGCCACCAUUGUCAUCCGAAGAACAAUUAGAUUUAAAUCUUUCACGUUUUGGUUAUCGACGACAAUUAGUUGAUGGUGAUGGAAACUGUUUUUUUACCGCUAUUGCUAGUCAAUUAAUAAUAUUAUUUAAUCAAGAUCGUUAUUUUCGUAUAGCCAUAAAAAGACGUUUAAAUUUUCCAGAGAAUUUAUUUACGAAUGUAACAAGAUUAGCACAUGCAUUACGUAAAUUAGUUUGUUUAGAAUGGAAAUUAAAUCCGACAAAAUAUAAACCAUAUAUAAACGAUGUCAAUUAUUAUGAUGAAAUACGAAAAUUUCGUUCAGAUAAAUUUUAUUCAUCAACUCUAGGUGAUAUAUUACCGUUAACAAUCAGUAAUUUAAUUGGAACCAAUCUUAAGAUAAUAACCAGUCUUAGUCAAUGUCCAAUACUUGAAGUAUGUCCGCAAGAUGAACCGUUAACAUCAAUUAAAUCUUUGCCUAUAUUAACAUUAGCGUAUAAUCAAGAAAAUGAUGGGCACUAUGAUAUUGCAGUAGAAAAAGAAUUCUAG